AUGUCUAUUUCAACAUUAUCAAAGCUUGACUUACUUUCACUUAGAAUAUCUGAAGCUGCUCCAUUAAAAACUCAUAAAUACUUUAGAAUUGCAGUUCCACAGGCAAUGACAGGACAAGUACUUGUGCAACUUCUUCAUGAUCUUCUACAACUAGAUGAUAAUGCAGAAGCUCUUCACUUAGCCACACUUCUUCUUCAGUACGGUUAUAUUUUUCCAGUUAUUGAACAAUCUAAUUUUGUUAAAGAUGAUAAUACUCUUUAUAGGAUACAAUUACCAUAUUAUUGGCCUUCACAUGCCACACAUACAGAUAAUGUUGAAUAUGCUAUAUAUCUUAAUAAAAGAUUACUUAGGAAUGAACAAAAACAUGGUCUUGAGGAAGAUGAAGUUGAAGCAUACAAUAAACUUGUUGAACUCCUUGGACAUAUGUGGAAUUUUAUUCAAAUUCAAGCUGAAAUGCAACUUAAACUUCAAAAAGAAAAGAAAAAACAAGAUAAAGUUGUUUAUGAUUCAGAGGAACGUGCUUUUUGGAGAUCACGACGUCCCGGUGCAUCUAAUUGUUUAGAACAACAUGUUAUGAAACAAGAAAGAAAAAUAAGAAAAAAUACUGUUGAUAUGGUUAAACAAACUAUUAAUAGAUUAAAAUUAAGCAUUAAAACAAAACCAUGGUUAAAAGCAUUAAAAGCUAGUGAUACAAUGGUUACAUGGUGUGAACAAUUUCAGGAUUAUGAUCCAUUUAUUACUACCUCACAACCUAGUAAUCCAUGGAUUUCUGAUGAUGUUACUCUUUGGACUAUUAAUGCUGAUUCUGUUGAUGUACCAACAGAAAGAAGAGUUAAACGUUGGGGUUUAAGUGUUCAGGAACUUGUUAGAGAUCCUAUUGGUAGGCAGGUUUUAGAAACUCACUUAGAAUCAGAAUUUUCUUCUGAAAAUAUUAGAUUUUGGAUAGCUAUACAAGAAUUAAAAUAUUCACCUAAUAGUCAAGUUGAGGAGAAAGCACAAAAAAUUCAUGAUGAAUUUUUGGCACCAGGUGCACCAUGUCAAGUUAAUGUUGAUUCUAAAACACUUGAUGAAACUUUAAAAUUAUUAAAAGACGUUCGUAUAGCUAGAAGGCACGCAUUUUGGGUAGCUGAAGAACAUGUAUUUACAUUAAUGAGUAAAGAUUCUUAUCCCCGUUUUAUUCGUUCACAAAUUUAUAAAGGAGUUUUGUCAGCUGCACAACAACAAGGUUCCAGAAGACUUGGAUGGAGAAAUUUCGUUUUUAAUGUUGGAAAUCAAAAAAAAGUUAAUGCUGGUGGUGGUGGUACAAGUGGAAAUAAGCAUAAAGCGAGUAGAGAUGAUACAUUAAAUAAUGCUCUUCCAAAACAACUUAGUAGUGAUUCAUUACCUCUAAAAAGUCAACAAGCUAAUCCACAAAGAUUUAAUAUGAAUCCGAAAGAUAAAAAAUAA